AAUCACAAAACACUCGCACGGACCGUGGAUUAUAACGCAGACCUUCACCACACGGCACACUGCGCGACUAUUAAAGCAUAUCUGCCUGAAUCAAAAUGAAUCACUGAAUUAAACGACUCUGAAUCACUACAAGACUCGUUUUUUGCGGAUAUGUAAGUCUAACAGCCCGCGCACGGAGUUCCGAUUGGUCGGCAUUGAGCGUGAGGCCACGCCCACCCACACCCACUCAGUUUAUAUAAAGCGCCAGUGCGCGCCACGGCGCUUCACACAGAGUUACCUCGUUGGUUCUGGGUCCAGUUCACUUCACAGAUGGUGGUUCAGGUGGAGACUCGUAUCCGCUACAGCAGCAAGAGGAUGGACACAAAUCAGCCCAAAAUAGAAGCCAAUAUUUUACUGCUCGGAGCUGAGAAAGUGGGGAAGUCUGCACUAAUAGUGCGUUUCCUGACUAGAAGAUUCAUUGGAGAAUACGGCUCUAUAGAAUCCAUAUACAGUCAUCAUGAUAAGAUUGACGGCCGAGAUAUCUGCUUCAACAUCUGGGACUCACUUUGUCCACAGAAUGCUGAAGAAGUGGGCCACAUCAGCGACAGGCAGCUGCAGUGGUCCGACGGCUUCAUCCUGGUCUACAGCAUCUGCGACCGGGCCAGCUUCAACGCGGUGCGACAGCAGGUCCAACAUAUCCGCCAAGCGCAGCAGAAACUCUCCAGCUCCGCCCCGCUCAUCAUCGUGGGGAACAAACGAGACCUGCAGCACCGGCGCGCCGUGUCCAGCGAGGAAGGACGGCUCCUGGCGUUCUCGGCCGACUGCGACUUCUUCGAGAUCUCCGCGGCCGAAGCGUACCACGGCGUGCUCAUGGUGUUCCACGAACUGCUCGACCUGAUCCGCGAGGCCAGGGCGCUCAAGAAGGGCACGGCCGGCUUCAGGGGCAUCGUCAGGAGUAUGUCUGCCGUUUUUGGGAGGAAGAGGACCGAAUAGACCGGAACGUUCCUCAGGAAUGAGGAAUGAAUAUUGCGUCCACAUUGGACUACGAUUAUUGACUUAUCGUGUUGGGAUUUGAAUGCUCUGUGAAUGUUCGAAUUCAGAGACGUCUUGCGGGGUCUUCAAGAUGUCAAGGGCGAUAACUUUGUCUCGCACCACAGCAGUGUUGUUGUCACAUUCUCGAAUCUGAUUGGUCAGAAGGCGUUUUGUUUUCUCUAACUUGUCUCGCAGACGUUCCACGAUGGUACAUAUAGCUAUAAACGGAUAAAUUUUUAAAAAAGCGCGAUUUGACGUUCGUUAAUAAAUGAAGAGAUUGUAAUCGUUGCCAAAUUGCUGUGGUGUAAGCAGAAUAAACCACUUUGAGACAUACUGUUAUAGGAAAAGAAUCCGCUUCAGCGUGGUGACGGGCAUCGUUCCCCCCCCAAACCCCCCCCUGUUCGUCUUAAUUCCUUCUUUCCAUAUUGUAUAAGAAAGCCCUUUACUGUUACAUGUACAUAGUCAUUAGGAGGUUAUUUCUAUGCAAAACAGACAUCUAUCUGUGUGCAUGUGACUUCAGUGCAUAAUGAGCCUCAUCGGUGGACACGGCGAGUCUCGGACGCUAAACCACAUUGCCGGGCUGACCAUCCUCCCCAGAGAACACUAGAUAUAUUCAAGAUGAAUCUUACACACGAUUACACAGGCGUGCGCACACACACUAAUUUUGCUUUAUUUUCUUUUUUCUUUUUUCUUUUUUUUGAGUAUUCUGACCAAAGAAUCUGAAUCCUAAUCUGCCCACACAGACGUAGCGGUUAUGAGCUCAGGACUCGCCUCGAGUCAGAUGGGCUUUGUUAAAGCUUUGCACUCGUUUCACACUGACUGGAGAAGUGUUGCGUUACUUUAUUACACACCCUGAUGGUUCACCACCUUUUUCUUUUUUUCUUCUUUUUUUUUUUUUAAAUACAAAUGGAUCUGGCACAAAUCUGUUUCCUUUAUAGCUGCAGGGUGGUGUGUGUAUUGCUUAUAGUACAGACAAGUCUGUUAAUGACUUUUAUAAUAAAACAUGAAUUGUAGUAA